UCACCGUACAACAUCUGGGGUUUGCUAUUGGCAGAGGCGGUGAUAUUGCUAUCGGCAGAAAGAACACGCCACGAAGAGGGCUGGGUGGGGAUAUUUAGUAUUUUAUGGGUGCUUUUAAUGACUGCCUGGACCGUUCACACCAACCACCUAGUGGAAUGGGGGAAAUUCAAGGAGGAAGAACGGUUGACUGGCCGAGCUGACACCCACGGCACCGUACAAGAGAGGGUCGACAGUCUCAAGUACGCCUCACAAAUGGUCCUACCUACCCUCGCCUGUCUCCUGAUAUCUUGUAAUCUGGUCCUUCGCGCGCUUGAUUCCCGACCAGCACCGCCUGGCCAAAUGUUUUGGGUCGAUGGAGACAGAUACGAGCUACACGUUUACUGUCACGGAAGUAGGGCCGACCCAGAGGGAGCGAUAUUGCCUGCGGUGCUACUGGAAGGGGAAGGUCCCGUGGAGGAUGGUUUGCAGCAGCUCGCCGCCGGCGCGGUUAACAAUGGCUCUAUCAGCCGGUACUGCUUCGUCGACCGUCCUGGAUUUGCUUGGAGCGAUGCUGCGCCAUCGCCUCUCUCUGCCGGAAUGGCCGUCGAAGCCGCGAGUGAAGCGCUGGCCAAAGCCGGCGAGGACGGCCCUUGGAUCCUUGCUGGAGCCGACACGGGUUCUAUCUACUCUCGAAUCUUCUCCGCCCGACACGAGAAAGAUAUAAAGGGGCUUCUUCUCAUCGAUCCCUCCCACGAGGAGGAUUUUGGUGCCAUAGGAGCACCAGGUAAAGGGUUUUGGCUCUGGGUACAGGGUGUGCUCUCCCCACUCGGCGUUGACCGCAUCGGAGAGGCCCUUUUCCGCGGUAGGACGAGGGAAGAUCGUGUGUGGGGGAAAAGUGCCUAUCAGGCCGGCCAAUACGCGGCCGCAAAGUUGCAAGAAAAUCUGGUGGCUACUACGCUAUCAAGGCGCGAAGUGGACGACAACAGAGCCAUUCAAAAUCCAGAUACCCCUCUGGUUUUGAUCAGCUCCGGCGUCGAGAUCCGGCGCAACAGCGGCUGGGAGGACAAGCAGAGGCAUGUCAGCCGUCUCACGCGCAACUUGAUGAGCUGGGACGUCGUCGACCAGGCGCCGCAUCAAGUCUGGGAGACGUACGUAGGACACGAGGUCAUCGAGGACAGGCUCCAACAGUUGGUGUAUGGGGUAUAAGCAGGGGAAAUGAUGUAGCGAAACGUCUCCUGUGUUCUCUGUUUCUAAUAUCUGGCCAGCAUGUCUGUCUGUGUGAGAUGGUGCCGGCUGUGGGAGGAAGUCUCGAAGUGUGAUAUAUAUAUAAAGGGUUAAGGUGUAUGUUGUAGGUGCGGAUUACAUGUGUAGGUUAGUGUGUUAGGUAGUAGGUAGAGCAUAGGCUAGAUACUUACGAUAUGAGGUCGGCCAGUGGAUAGAAAUAUAUAUCAAAAUAACGAAAACGAGCCCCUUUUAUUCUUCCGUAUGCCUUCACACUCGUCAGCGUUCAAGAUAGGAGGCAUUUAUCAAGACCACCGGGGGGGGAUCUGAGGCGAACGACCAGUCGUGCAAUAAGG